AUGCUGAGUAAUUCGGUAGCAAAAGAAGUUGGUGGACUCGACAAUGAUUUGAUGGUUUUUUUUUCAGGUCGAUUUGGAGGCACCUGCGCGGCAAGCGCGUCUCGCUUUUGGCAUCGUAAGGGGCUUUGGGAUGGCGCCCCGGCGUUUUCCGGUAAAACUCCUCGCAUUUUCAUGACAUUUGUAGAGGUGGUGAUGUUUUCAGGGGAAUUGUUCCUUGUUUUCGGCGAUGUGAGCUUAUCGCCACCAAUGCCUUCAAUGGGUGAGUUCGGCCUGUGCGUUCGGUGA